AUGGGGGAUGCAGCGCCGCAAAGUCAUGGAAUUUCGUCGCUUUCGACAGAAGAGUUACGUAAACGGGCUUGCUUGCUCGAGCAAAGUGAAAGAGCAUCCAGCGCUCAAGGGGAAAUAUGGCUUCCUUUGCCUACCGCUUUCGACGCCGUCGCAACCACCACAACCGCCAUGAAGAAUGAACCACCAAUCCGUUCAGUAACACCAAACAAUCUUACCAAAAAUAAUUUGGUGUCUACUUCUGAGGACACAACGACCAGAGAACCCUCUGCACCAUCAGGAGUACAGCGUGUACUUCUCGAAGAGGAAGCCAAAGCUUCUUCUUCAGGAACGCCAUCAUGUGCUGUAUGUCGGGUUGACUUCACGUCCACAAGCUCCCACCAGCGGGUCACGCACUUCAAUAGUUGCUGGUCAAAGUAUCGUAUCGCAGUCGCCAACCGGAGUAUUCACCCGAAGUCCGCUGAGCUGUCACACCCGAGGGACCUACAAGCCUUCAACACAGAUGUUUUCGAUACGGACAACGGUCUUACCGAUUCUUGCAUACUCUGCAACUUGAAUAUGGACGCUCUUUGCCCCGCCGACGCAUUCGAGCAUCGCAUCUUCUGUCUUCGAAACCUUGAUCCGCUUCCCACUGUCUGUAUGUGUUGCGAUCUACCAUUUACCAUCAACGGGACUAGUUGGGGUGGUAUUACGAUUGCAGAACACAUUCAUUCUUGCUCCACUCGAGGGAGAACAAGUUUUACAGACGCGCAAGCUGCAUGGUACAAGCGUCACACGGCUCGCAAAAAUCCCUUGAACUGCGUUUCCUGCUCACAAAGUAUGGUGGAUUUCGAUACAGUGGAGGCUUUCAACCACCGUCGCAGUUGCCUUGAGCAACUUAAACCUACACACUGUCCCGUAUGUUUCUGUCUUCUGCCGCAAAGUACUGGUCAUGAGAGUUGGAAUGCGGAUGACAUACUUUGGCAUGUGCGCAGUUGCCAGCACGGCGCAAAACUCUCGAGUACCGACCAAAACGACUUUCAGGUCCUGGAAGCGCGGUGGAAAGGUCGUAUGCAAAUAGUUUGGAGGAUGCUUGCAGAAGACUUUGGAAUUGGGAUUGGGAAGCGCAAGGGCUGGACCCAGCGCGAGCAUCGACGCUCACAUCGCACCAAGCAGGCACUGGGCCGGGCUAACGAUCAAGGCUUAUACCUGACUCCCAGCUCGAAACUACGGAGCUCUGUUAUGUAUGCCGAAGAGGAUACAACAAGGAUCCCGGGGAACGUGAAGACUGUGUGGUGCGACUUGGAGCGCUUCCGACGAUCUGCACACGCCGUAUACAGAAUGCCCGACUAUUCACGAACGACGGAGAAUGUCAACAAGAAUGUAUGCGAUAAGCAUAAAGUACAAAAUAGGGUGUCUCGUGCGGCUCCGUUGAUAGUCAACGAGAGCGCGAUACAGUCCGAAGCAUGGGAGACACCCACAAGCUCCUCUAGUUCAGCUAACGAACACGAUUGUGGACGUUCGGAAAGACCUCCACAGAGGGUCGAUCGAAGGGCCCGAAGAGUCCGAAGGGAGUCCCCGGGUAGCAGACACCAUCAGGCGGUGGAGAACGCAAGGAAGGCAGGGAUUCGGAUACCUCCAGGGUUUGAGUUGCUUCAACCAGCUGAUUCAGCGAGAGAGGUGACGUUUUUCGAUGAUGGAAAAGAAUCGAGUGUCGAUCAAUCUGUAACUCUAGUAGAGGACUGAGCAACAUGACAACACACAAAAUACAGACAAGGCGCAGCCUUCUGAUUGAACCCCGAGCAGAUCUCUGGUAGGGUGAUAAGUUCCCCCGUUUGGUUCCAAAUGAUGGCGUUCCAUUGUAAUACUUUUACAUUGAUCAAUAACAACGC